CUUCUUAAAAUUCAAUUAGAGCGGGAUUCAGAUUUUUUUCGUUUUCUGUUGGAUGAAUUAGCCCGAGCUACCGCCCUACACGAUGUAGAACAAAAGAAAUUCAGUGAGACAGUCCAAAGUCUUGGAGAUGAGCUGUGUCAGAUGACUGCCACCAAUAAGAACGAUAUGUACACUUGGCGCGAGAUCUUCAAAUUGUAUAUCGAGGCCGCAAUCUUUCAAGAUAUUGACAUGACUAAAGAUCCGGCUAAAGAAAGCAGAAAACGACUGGAGAAGUUUAAAGAUAACCUCUUGGACAGACUAUUGGAAAGCAACUUUGUACUCAAGGAAUCCAAGAGUAUUCUCAAACACUUUCUAGUUAUCAAUUAUAAGCUUAUAGACUUUCAACAUUUCCAAAAUCUUAACCGAAUGGCUAUCACCAAAAUUCUCAAAAAACAUGAUAAGAAAAGCGGGCUUAGUGCGACUGAAGAAUUUUCUGCCUUUAUAAAGGGAAAUGUGGUAUUUGUGGAUGGAAUAUUACUCUCUCUUUGCCAAGCCGUUCAAACAAAGUUGAUUACUAUUGUCCCUCAACCGGAUGAAUUUACUUGUCCUGUGUGCUUUUAUCUAGCAUGGAAACCUGUUCGCCUAAAAUGUACUCAUUUAUUCUGUGCGCGAUGCUUAAUCAAAGCGAAAAAAAAUAAUAUCACAAACUGCUUUAUAUGUCGAAGUGAGAAUGCAAUACCUGAAGCAACCGCCGGAAAUCUUGACACAACACUUUCCAAAUUUAUGAAGCUUAAUUUCCCUCAAGAAAUCGAAGAGAAAGAGCGCGAUAACGCGGCUGAGCGG